CCUCCGUCGUUCCAUUCCAUUUCCUCUGCCUCAUAAUCAUGCCGAAGCAUUACAGACCAGCUGGGAAGAAGAAGGAAGGAAACGCAGCUAGAUAUAUUACAAGGUCACAAGCUGUUAAGUAUCUUCAAGUCAGUCUUUCUGUUUUCAGGCGAUUAUGUAUCUUCAAAGGUGUUUUUCCCCGGGACCCAAAGAAGAAGGUGAAGGGAAACCACCAUACCUAUUAUCACAUGAAAGAUAUCUUGUUUCUUAAACAUGAGCCACUUCUUGAUAAGUUCCGUGAGAUGCGGGCAUAUGAGAAGAAGGUAAAGAAAGCCGUGUCUAAGAAGAACAAGGAUCUUGCUGAACGCUUGUUGACCCGAAAACCUUCUUACACACUUGAUAUGCUUAUCAGAGAGAGAUAUCCAAAGUUCAUUGAUGCAUUAAGAGAUUUGGAUGACUGUCUCACCAUGGUGCAUCUUUUUGCUACGCUACCCGCUAUAGAGAGGGAAAAUAUUCAAGCUGAGAGAAUCCAUAACUGUCGAGGGUUAAGCCUUGAGUGGCAGGCAUACAUCUCGCGAACUCAUAAGUUGCGUAAGGCUUUCAUAUCUGUGAAAGGCAUAUAUUACCAGGCCGACGUUGAUGGACAAAAAGUCACAUGGUUGACUCCUCAUGCAUUACAGCAAGUCAUGCCUCAAGAUGUAGAUUUUAAGAUCAUGCUUACAUUCCUGGAGUUCUAUGAGACUCUCCUUGGUUUUGUCAAUCUGAGACUCUAUCAUUCGAUCAAUUUAAAAUACCCACCUAUUCUUGAUCCUCGUCUGAAAGCUUUAGCAGCAGACUUAUAUGCUUUGACAAGGUAUGUUGAUGCUGAAAACCGGACAAACGGAGCAAGUACUGAGGAGUCUGAGCUUAGACUAGCCCAACUUCAAGACCAGCUACCUGCUAAUGAACCAGGUGCAUUAAUGCACCUUGUUGAUGAUGCUGUUGAGGAGAACGAUGAUGAUGAAGAAACAAAGGCCUGUAAAACCCUCUUUCAAAACAAGACAUUCUUUUUGGGCCGUGAGGUUCCAAGGGAGUCGUUACUGUUUGUGAUUACUGCAUUUGGUGGUGUGGUUUCAUGGGAUGGGGAAGGAGCUCCAUUUGAGGAAUCUGAUCAGAGCAUUAAUUAUCAGAUUGUUGAUCGGCCGACUCAAAGUCACCGGUAUAUAUCUCGAGAUUAUAUACAGCCACAAUGGGUGUUUGAUUGCAUAAAUGCACGGAUCAUACUACCGACUGAAGAGUAUCUGGUUGGAAAGGUGCUUCCGCCACAUUUGUCUCCAUUUGUUGACAACGAAGCAGAAGGUUAUGUACCCGAGUAUGCAGAGACCAUUAAAAGGCUUCAAGCUGCUGCAAGACAAGAAAUCCUUCCAAUGCCAGGUGCAGAACAUGAUGAUCCCCAGAAUCUACUUGUUGAAGGCAUCAUUGACCGCACAAAAGCAAAAGAAGCCGCCGAGACAAAACGGAAGAUGGCUAUGCAUCAGACUCAAUACCAUGAAGAACUAAAAAAAGAACUUGAAGGGACAAAAGACACACCUGUUGCUACUGAGAGCCAGAAGAAUGCUGAUGAAGAAGAUGCAACAGAAGACGACUCUUUAAAGCAGGCUGCAAAGGACGAUGACAGCCUGUCCACAGUUACAAUGUCACGCAAGAAGAGGAGGCUUUAUGAGGCCAUGAUGAUUUCCCAACAAAGGAAAAAGACAAGCGUUGACAUUCUCAAUUCAAGGAAGGAAAAUCUUAAAAAACACAAGAAAACGUCUUCAGACUGAAGUUGUAUUCUCAUCUUCUCUGCCAAUUGCUGCUUUUAAGAGUGGUUAAUUAAAUUUUGUAGUCAUUGGUCUCUUCUUUAUUGUGUUUUUGAACAUAUCAAUGCGAAUGGUCUCCAAACAUUGUUCUUUUCUUAAUGCACCAUAUACUAUUAUUGCCAUCAUGUGUGGUAAUCAUGGAGACUUUCUUUGACUCCAAUACUCUUAUAUAGUGUCUUGAUGCAAUGCUUUUAGGACUACAAGGUAAGGUGACCAGUCUUAACGAGUUGGUUCAUAUACAAGUGUAUAACGUUGUUAUCCUCACUUGUGUUUUCAUCAAAUGUGGCAUUUUCUGUUCCA